GAAAACUCAGUUUUAGUAAGUCACAUGGUGGCGCUAUUUUCAAGAUGGCUGCAGAAUGCGAAGCUUGAGAAACUCUCAAACGAGGAGAAAAAGCGGAUAUUUCACGAAAGAAUACAUCGUAAAUACAUUUACACUGUGAAGAAGUAACAAUGGCUGCCAAACCAGAAGGAUUUAUUUCCGAGAGAAUGUCUUCAUCCCCGCCUUCCACCUUCCAGCUACAGACCAGUACCAUCAGAAACAGCGCCCCUUUCAAGACAAAGAGCGCAGAUGUAUUCGGCUCACUGGAUACCAUGGAGAGGGAUUACAACUCCACAGUCGGCAAGAGAGAGAUAGAUGUGGGCGGAGCCAAGGCUGAUGAUGAGAAGGAGGCUGAGGAGGGAUGUAUCAAGAGAGGGUGCAUCUUUAAAAAACCUCAGGGCUCCUUAGUUCACAAAGCUUUAGCAGACGCUGUAACUCAAACAGCUGAUUCUUCAUCUUCUGAAGUACAUGGAGUUGACAAAGCAUCAAGUCCUUAUCUGAGAUCUCCCGGCAAACAUGCAUCUGUAAAACAUGGUGCAACAACAUCAGGGCAGCUGGGCUCUACAGCUGACAGAAGGGACAACACAUCCUUUCGCAGACCAGACCGCGGAGCCUGGAGAAAUGUUGGACGGAGAGGGAGGGGUACUUCUAAUCCAAGGGGGAGGCAUCAUCCAGCAGACCAUGUGCUGAACCCCAAUAAGUACACUAAAUAUUCACUGGAAGAGACCAACAUGUGCGGCAACUCUGCUAACAGAAGCGUUGCCCUUGGGUUCCUGAGUGAACUCAGGAAGAGAAAGCAGCAAGGUGACAACCAAACAGUCCAAGAGUCUGGUACCACAGAGCAGCUUGUCUUCCAAAAGCCCAGGGAAACCAGGACCCUUGACCAGGCUGAACAGCCAUCCAAGAAGUCAUACGGAAGUGUCUACAAAAUGCCCAAGUAUGAAGUGGGAAAAGCCUCAGCGCCAAAAAACAAAAAACCAAAGAUUUCUUCGUUUUGGGAGACAGCGGGCAUGAACAUGGAAGAUGAACUUGGAAAUCCACGUGCGCGUCCCGUAAUCAAUUUGGAUCAUUUUGAAAACGAACAAUCAAUGGACAAAGAGGAUGAUAGGGCACAAAGUGUUAGCCAAUCUGAUUUACGUACAUCAUGUAGUAAUCCACCUGGUCCUGUGGAUACUGACAAACCAGAGCAGAGUGAAGCCGCUCAACAUGAAGGGGGGACUUUUAAGAGCAAAAAAGGCAAAGGGAAGCGGCAUUUCCGAGGUAGACAAGAAGACACUUAGACACGGUCCAAUUUCUUCAAGUGUAUUUUAAUUGGAAUUUUCAUCGACGAAGAAAACUGUAGUGCAUUUGUACAGUGUUGUACUCGGUACUCAUACUCAUCUCAAGAACAACUUGAGUCCUUUUUUUGGUGUAGUGUACUCAUACUCGUACUUGAACUCGGAUUUCAAAGUACUCGUUCUCGAAAUGACGGUACUCAUACUCGGUCAGCAAAGUACUCGUACUCAACAGGUCAGAAUUGUACUCGAUCAUCAAAGUACUCGUACUCGAAUAGCAGUACUUGAAUUGAACAAAAAUAUUAUAGCUUGACUAACCACGGUCUUAUUGAUUCUUUCAGUAUUAAUUGGUUGAUUGACUUGCGGAGAAAUCAAAGUUUCCUAAUUUUCUUCUAUGCACGUCCGUACAAACACAUUUACCAGCUGCAAUGUACAUGUACAUGUAGCCGUGAGUGGGUCUGUAUAUCGGUCUGACUGGGCCUGGGCCAAUUACGCACAAUGAACCAUUUGCCGUAUGACCGUAUUCAGAAAUAAAAGCACAAGUACCUGUAGUCGGAAUAAAAAAACUUGUACUUGUACUUGGAAGUACCAGUACUUGUACUCUUAGACCUGUACUUGUUCUCGUAAGUACUCGAACUCGGUAACCUAAGUGCUCGGCAGUACUCGGUACUCUGGGGAAAAAAGUACUCGACUACAACACUGUUUGUACACAGUAAUAAAUUUAAAAUAGAAAUUGGCUUCAGUGGGAUUUGAACAAAGGUAUAAACCUAGUUCAAGUUUAUUUCUUUGUUUUAAGUUUAUCACUUUUAACGUCAAGUGCUUUGGUUAAACUAUAGACCUA